AUGGACGAGCCUUACCUACGGAAGCCACGCAUAGUCUACCGGACCGGCGUGCCCAACCCCUUGACGCUCGAUCAGUACAGCGCUGUUCUCGACAAAGUUGAAAAAAAUCGGAAUUUGAUAUGUACCAAUGGACCAAUGUAUCGACCAGAUGGUGGUACCAUUGUGGUAUAUGACUGUACUCUCUAUCCACGUGGUACCCUAAAUGAUGACCAAGUACGACGCACUUUCCGUGUUGAUGGCUAUCGAUGGGGGAAUUCCAAGGGUGUUCAUAAUUUGAGCAACGGAUUGCAAAAGCGAUACAAUUUACUUUAUUGCAAAAAUGAUCCACAUGGUGAUGAUAGAUUUAUACGUUGCGAAUAUUCGCGAGAGCCAUGUGGUUUGGUACUUUUCCAUUAUAUUGGCGACCAUGUGGCAGCAGCCCAAGUGUCUGACAAUGCACCACAUGGAAAUGCUAAACGAACUAAUCAGCCAUUUCUUCGUACAUUACCAAUUAUAUUACAAGAAGUGAAAGAACAAAGUAUUAUAAACAAUAAUGCGGUUGAGAUCUAUGACCGAUUGACGGAGCAAAGUAUUUAUGAUCAAUGCGCAAGCAGCUCACGAGUUACUCCACGUAGAUUACGUAACAAGGAACAAGUGAGGAAUGUAAUGAAAUCAUUUCGGCAGAAGCUGGCCAGGAAUAGUUUGUACAUCCACCCGCGGCCAACAUCCUUGUAUGUUACGGAGCAGGAAGCACCAGUGCUUGGAAGACGUAUUUUACGUAGGUCGAACGCAGAGUUAGACAGAAGUCAGGUGGAGGUUGUUGAAGGCGGUGUUUUUGAAGAACAGGAGAUGCCGGACGGUCAACCACCUGUUAUAUUGAAAAAAGCUCGAAUUGAAGAUGAAUCUGAGACGAGCUAUGCACCGAUUGAUGUAACAACGGUUGAUACUCAAAACAUAAAAACGCGAGCGCCUUAUGGACCAGAUCAUUCGUUCGCUCGACAAGGCGGUAAAUUUCAUCUUUUGAUUGGUAUUACUGGAUCAGUCGCGUCAAUUAAGCUUCCUGAGCUUAUCACGGAACUUCAUAAGAAUAGCCCUGGGGAAAAAUUGGUCAUUCGAGUAGUUGCAACCGAUGCCGCUCGAACAUUUAUUGAUGAAUCAGCAUUUGAUGUUCCCAUUUAUAAUGAUUUGGAUGAGUGGAACAUGUGGAAGAAACGUGGUGAUCCAGUUCUACAUAUUGAAUUGAGAAAAUGGUCGGACGCGAUGUUAAUUGCACCAUUAGAUGCAAAUUCGAUGGGUAAAAUAGCGAAUGGAAUAUGCGAUAACAUUUUGCUAUCGAUUGUGCGCGCAUGGGAUCCUCGAAAACCUUUGUACUAUGCACCAGCAAUGAAUGUUGCGAUGUGGGAAAAUCCGCUAACGUAUCAGCAUCGCAAAGUUUUGAAGGAAUUGUUACGAUAUAAGGAAAUACCACCAAUUGAAAAAGAAUUAAUGUGUGGUGAUACCGGCUCAGGCGCUAUGGCAACCGUGCAGAUGGUAGCAUCAAUUGUCGCCAGCGAGGUGAAGAAUCGUUUCGCCGUUUACUCCGAUAAUUCGUCUGUAUAA